CGCAGUAAACUGUCAUGUCAUAACAUGAAGACGUCUUAUUCUUCCUUCUCUCCGUUUCUGAGGUGUUUUUUCAUCUAUGUCUUGUUCGGCAACUAUUUGUCGGUCGGCAUCGACGCCUCACUGGGGCCGCAAAAAAGGAGCAACGAUUGGUGUGCUGAUGGACUCUACCAGCAUGAGUCAACAACCUGUUGCCUAUGUGGUAUAGGUCAGCGUCUCAAGGCGCACUGCACUGCUGCCAAUCCACAAGACACACAAUGUGAGCUGUGUGAGCAAGGCACAUACAACAACCACCCAAACCAUGACAGCACCUGCCAACGCUGCACGUCUUGCUCACACAUCAAUGCCAAUCUGGAGGUGGAGACGGCCUGUACCCAAGGCCAAGACACCAAGUGCCGGUGCAAAAUGCAUCAUUAUUGCAUUAGCGCCAAUGCUCAAGAAUGUAAACUGUGCAGUUCUUGUACUGAGUGCGGUAGAGAAGGUGUCAAAGUAGCUUGCACAGCCACCAAUGACACAGUGUGCAAUGUCAAAUUAAAAGAGAGAACUUAUGUCUGGACAGGAGUCGGCGUAGCUUGUGCAGUUGUGGCAAUAAUUAUACUUGGUCUAUGGUUCCGAAGGAACAGGGAUCAGCUUUGGAGCAACCGGCAGAGAUCGAACAAUCCAACGACAUUUGAAAUGGAGGUGGUGCAUGUUAACAUACCGAAUACGGACCCUUCACGGUACCUGCCCGCUAUCGCAGAAGAGCUCGGGUGGAAGACUAUGACGAAUGUGGCAACGCGGAGCGGGAUGAGCUCUGCCAAGAUUGAGAGCUGCCGAUUAGACAACCCGAAUGAUCAUCAGGAGUGCACGCUGCAGCUUCUGAGGAUGUGGGUCCAGGAAAAAGGCAUGGAUGCAAUGAACAUUUUGGUACAAAAUCUGUAUGAUAUCAGGCAUAAUUUAAAAGCAGAAAAGGUGAAGACUAUUUUAUUGCAAAAUUGAAUUUGGGUCCACUUUUUUUUUUUAAAAGAACAAACAUGACAGAUGAUGAACUUCUCGGGAAUUUUUUAUGCCUAUGUUGUCGUGUACACAGUAUGUCUCUUUUGGAGUUAAGGGAAUGAUUGAGGUAAAAAUGUUAAGCAAUGGAGGGAGCCGUGUGUGCAAUCCAUAUGAAUUAAUUAGAACAAUAUGAGUUGAAUUGUUUACAUGAUUUUUGUGUUUGUGCCAAAGUAUUUAUUUUGCUUUCAGCACUUCAGCUUUGAACAAAGUAAACCACUCAAAAGAUUACCUUAAAAUGCACUGUCACAGAUUUUGUAAAUCUUUGCUAUACUGUACUGCAGGAAAGUGGCAAUUUUAAAGAAACAUCAUUUAUUCCAACAA